UGCUGUCUUUUAAUAAAUACCUAAAAAAGAAGCCCGCUGAGUUUCUUUCGCCUGUUCUUCUCAGGUCUGAGGCAUAUAAUUCGAAUGGGUGGUAAAUGUUGACAUUCAAUUAGUGAUUACAAAAAUAUAUUUUUAAUAAAAAUUUAUGUGUUGAUUUUGUCGUCUUAGUAAACAGCCGUUCUUUAGCCUCAUCUCCCCAAAAAGCCUGCUUCCGUGCAGAAAUAAUUUUUAUGAUAACUAUACGAAUGGAUAAUUACUGCACAAACUUAAAUUGGCUCAAACAUAUAUGAAAACACACAUGUGAAAAUUUAGUUCAAAUGAAUUCAAAUUUCGAAUUUGGUUAUAUUGUAUCCAACACACACUAAUAAAUAAGAAAGAUAAACUCUUCUCAGUGAUCAACAAGGUUGUAGUUAUAGAAUACUGUUGUAAUGUUCUAAAAAAACUAUUAUUAUAUUAUAUAUUUUGAGAAUUGAAUAUACUAAUAAAUGCGAUAUCCAUCAUCAAAUUUAACACUUUGCUCAAACAUUGUGCGCGGAGGACCAUAUUCGUGAGAAUAAGCAUUUUAUUCCACAGAUAGGUUGUGAAAAUAUGUUUGGUAAAAAACUAUUGACGAAUUCUUCUAACCGUACACCAUCUUUACUAGAUAAUUAUCUGGUAUAGGUAUAUACCCUUAGCACAUAAUAAUUAUUACGUUAAAUAACUUAAAAAAAUCUAUCUCCACGUGUCCUUGAAAGGCUCAUGAACUCUACAUAUUCAGGUCUAAUCUAAGUCUGAGUGAAUCGAUUUUUGCUGAUCAAGAUAACAUGCCAUUACCAUAACUACCAACACCAAACAAACGCACUGCAUUUAAUAUUGUACUGUAUUUGACUUAUGACUAGUCAGUACAGGUGCUAUAAAUAUUUUUAUUAUAAGUUUAGAAACACUAAAAAACAUGAGUUACCGAAAUUCGCGAAUAUAUACUGCUCCUGUACCAAAAAUGCCCCAAGGACUCGUGGAAUUAAUAGAAGGGCUUACAAAAGAAGUACUUAAGGCAAACCCUACUAAUAUAUACGAGUUUUGCGCGGAUCAUAUGGAUAAGUUGAUACAAAAGAGACAUGUGAAACCAGCCUCAAUUACAAUGCCACUCGACAAAAGGGUUUCAAGGGCUCAACAAAUAAUCAGACAAAGAGAGAAAAUACGACAAGCAAAAUAUAAUGAAAUGCUAAAAAACAAAGGACAAAAUUUAUUAGAUCAACAAGGCACAGAUUUUAAGUUACCUAAUGAGUCUUUCCAUUAUUUACCAGAGAAUAUUGUUAAAGUACCAAUUGAAGAAUUUAAUAGUGAAAAGCAAAUUGAAAUAUCAACAGUAUCCUCAUCAGGUAAUAAAUUACAUGGUGCUGAGAAUAAUUCUAGUAUUGUGACUAUUAAUUUAAACCCUGACAAGGAAAUUCAUUCAGAGAGGAGUGAAGGAAACGCUUCAAAGCAGGAUCUUGUGAAUAACGAGAAGGAAAAGUCAGAAAGUCGUGAUAUAAAUCUGACCUCGACAAGUGGAGAUGAUAAUAUUAUAUGUUUAACUAAAGAUCCAGAAAUUAAUCAGUGCUUGGAAAAGCUACAUAUUUACCAAAAUACUAUAUCAGGUGACACAACAAGCCAUUUAGAUAGCUCCCAAAAUGCUGAGUCGUCCAACAAUAAAUUAGAUAUUGAAAAUAUACAGACAAUUAAUGUCAAUGUUAACUUUAUUACUAGUGAUCACAGCUGUUGCAGUGAUAAUAAUAAUGAAGACCAUGAUGAUAUAAAACAAAGUUAUAGUUCUCCUGGUCAGGAGUAUGGUCAUACUGAGAUACCACAAAAUCAAGAAGCCAUAAAAAUAGUAUCAGAUUCUAAUGAAAUAUCUGCAACAGAUAGUUCAGAACAUGAUAAGGGUGAAUCAAUCGAUUCUUCAUUCGAGAAAAUUAGUGAUGAAGGAAACCAUUCAAAGUCCAUUGAUAUUGAUACAAAAUACCUUGAUGAUGAAUUUCAAUCAAAUAUUAUGGACCUGGAGACAGCAGCUAUAACAAUACAAAAAGUUUUUAGAACUUUUCUCUUUAAACGUAAAACUACUAGUCUGGAUGAUGCUACAAAUGUUGACAUAAACCUAUUUAUAAAUGAUACCAAUGUGCAGGUUGGUAUUUUGCCUUUUUUCACGCAACGAUUCCUAUAGGUUAUG